UUAUGCUACGAUUUGGAGGAUGAUCACAUAUGAAUGAGUACACUUAUCAAUGUAACAUAUCUUUUGAUUAAUCCCUCAAGGAUCUAAUCCUCUUCUUCUUCUUUUUUCCCUACUCUUUCAUGGAGACCGAUCCAAAUCCCAAUGCUUGGAAUCAAUAUAUAAAUCCAAGAGAUUGUACUCAAGGCUUCUGCUCCACAUUUUGUCCUCAAUGGUGCAGUUACAUCAAACUCUCUCCACCACCAUUAGCCUACGAACAAUUCCUAAACGACGGCGUUGCAUCAAACCCCAAUCUCUCCCCUCUUGUUAUUGCCAUCAUUGGAAUAUUUGUUACUGCCUUUCUCUUGGCAACUUACUACACUCUUGUCUCGAAGUAUUGCGCCAACGACACCAACAACGAAGCUGCCUCGGAAACAGGAAGAUCAGAUCUCAUUCUCGAUGUUAACUCGUCGGAAAAUGGAGACCAAGGCGACCCUUUUGCUCAUGAGUCUUCAAACACUGGUUUAGACGAUGCUCUCAUUAAAAAGAUCGGAUCUUUCAAGUUAAAGAAGCAUCAAAACGGGUUCAAGAUCAAUGGUACUGACUGUUCAAUAUGUCUAGGAGAGUUUAAUGAAGACGAGAGCUUAAGGCUGUUGCCUAAAUGCAACCACAUUUUCCACGUGGUUUGUAUCGAUAGGUGGCUCAAGUCUCACUCAAAUUGUCCACUUUGUCGAGCUAAGAUCAUCGUCCCUACCACUCAACAAAACGAUCAUCGUGUUGUGGUUAUGAAUCUUGACCAGUUUACAAGCAAUGAAGGAAAUGUAGUCGUUGUUGAUCAUCGGGAAGAGGUUAGUCAUGUUUCCAUCAGUUCUCAUCAUCCACGUCGGUUCUCGGCCGCGGAUAUUGUUCUGCGGAUAAGCAGAGAGGGAGAAGAGGAAAACAAUGAUCUUGAAAGUGGAAACAGAGUGAAGCAUGUAGACUUGAAAAGAUCAUUCUCAAGUGGUGGAUUGGUUCUUGGGACUCAAGCAAGGACUAGAACAUAUCUGUAAAACCUACUUCCCCUGACUCUAAUUAGUUUCCUUUACAAUAUCUUUUACUUUGGGGUUAGGGGGUGGGAAUAUGAAACAUAUAUUAUUGUAUUUACACUUUGAGAAAUUUUUAUAUACAUACGUAUAAAUAUAAUGGAUACAUAUAGAUCAUCUUUGUUUAGAGGUUUAAAAUUUUCAGUA